GCCGCUUGUUUGGGCAGACGGAUUCUGUCCGACCUUGGCUCAGGAAGCAAACUUUGGCGCGCCCGAAUUCCGCACAGUCUGAUGUGACGUAGGGGCUCAGGCCCUUAUCUUAUUAAAACCUUGACGCGUCCGGACACUGUCGACAGCCAGGGAGUCAUUUGAGAGACUGUGGAACAGAGCAGAACUGCAAAAACAACCGGGAAAGAUGUCAGACGGCGGGAACCUUUCACCAGAGCAAAAGGCCAUCAAGGACCAGUUCCCUGUACAGGAAGGUGAGGUACAGGAGGCGAAGUCAGGACUACAGUCGGGCAGCGGCCGGGCAGGCAAGUCCAAAACAUGGCGGAUGUUGGAGGAGAUGGGAGGUGAUGCACCUUCCGUGUUUAACAAAGACAAAGCCACAGGAGAGGAGAGCGUGUGGAACAAGGGUCAGCCCAAAGCCAACAGGUACAACACCGUGCCCAUGCCGGGGGGAGGGGAGCCAACCUCGGUCUUCGGCAAACGGAAGUGACGUCAUUACGCCGGAAUUCUGCAACUGUCAUCAAUAUCAUAAAAUGUUAAGUGACAAGAAAGGAAGAAAUAGAAAAUAAACUUCUGCUGGAUGGAAUAAGUGCUGUCUGGAGUAACGAACAUUAAAGCAGUAUUCAAGCAUAUCCUGGGGUAAGAAUGGUAUUGGGGGAUCUGUAAUGAAACGGUGAGGCUUUUAACAUCCAAAAUUUGAAUCUCAGCCAGUCUGCAUUUUUCGGCAUCCUAAAAAGGACGUAACGACACAGUGUCUGUAAGGGUCUGAUUUCUAAGUGUCUGAGUGGGCGUUUCCGCCGAAACUGGUUCCAGGGUAUACUCAACACAAGUGACAACAGUCUGUGUCUACCUACUAUCUUUGAUCCUCCUACAUGCAUGCCACAGUCAGCUAUUUGUGCAGUUUAGGACAGUCACUGAGACCGACAAGUGAUUCAGAUGUACCAAGGUUUUGUGCAAGUUUUGACAAAUAAUGAGUGACCAUUUAGGCUAGGGAAUCCUGAAAUUCGGUAUAUGUACCAUGACUAUAGCUCACAUCGCUCUGAAAUUUCCAAAAGCAGAAUGAAGUAGAGUUAAAAUAUAUAUCUUCAGAAUAGAUUGGAUUAUGAUUAUAUACAUGCAUAUUGUUACAUAUUCGAGUUUCCAUUUGUUUGCGUGCUUUGAUUUGAACUGGUGAACAUAUUCAUUCCAACACUUAAAUACAUGGUUAAAUAAAACAUCUCAACUGUACGUCA